UGCGUGUGAAUAAUGAAGAAGAAGCAGAAGCAGAAACAGCAGCAGAGGCAAAGAGAGGCGCCACGAGCAGCAUCGCCGGCAGCGUCGGCAGCGACAGCGACGGUAGCAGAGGCCGAGAGAGGUGUUGUCAGCAGCAGCAGCGGUUGCAGCAGCAGCAAUUCGCGACGCAGCAGCGCAGCAACAACAACAACACCGGCAACAAAUAAUAACCAUAACAUCCGCAAGCUGAGCGCCGAAAACAUGUCGAAAACAACAACAACAGCCGCAGCAACAUCAACAGCAACAACGACAUCAGCAACAGCAACAGCAGCAGCAGCAGCAGCGAACAGCAUCAAUGCAACCGAUUUCAGCGCUUUCGAUUUUAAUGAUAGCUCUGAUAAUUCCGAUACGCCUUUGGUGCCACGAGCCCCAUUUCUCAGUCGCGCCGCGGCAGCUGCAGCGGCGGCAGCGGCAGCUGCCUUGAGCGCCAGCAGUGGUAGCAACAGCAGUGGCAGCGACAACGCGCCCGACGAUGAUCACCACCCACAAAGCAACAACAUUACAAAUAGCAGCAACAGCAACAACAACAACAAUAACCUAAGCAAUGUCGGCCUGCUGAGUAGCAACAAUGUGCGCUGCAACAACAACAACAACAACAAUAAUAGCAACAAUAACAACAGCAGCAGUAGCAGAAGCAGUCGUAGCAGCUCGCCAAGCAGCGACGACAGCAGCAGUGGUCCAACAGCGGCACAGGCAGCAGCAGCCGCAGCGGCGGCAGCAGCAACAACAGCUGUCGUCGCUGCGGCAGUCAACGCAUUGCACAAUGGCAAGCAACAACAGCAACAACAACAGCAGCAGAGCAACAACAACAAUAACAACAGCAACGGCAGCAGCAGCAACAAGCGUGAAAUGGACGAGGAAGAUGAGGAGGAGCCGCUGGAUGAGGACGACGAUGACUACGAUGAUGAUGAAGAUGAUGACAAUGAUGAUAAUGUCAUGGAUCAGCACAUUAACAGCAGCAGCAGCAUCAACAACAGCAACAACAACAACAAUAACAAUAACAACCUGAUUGCAGCGCCUAUUGCCGCAUUGCCCACAGAUCUGCGGCACGAGCUUGCAACACAUCACGAUCAUGGCCAGGCGCAGGUGGACUAUGACGAUCAGGACGAGGAUGACGAUGAGGAGGACGACGAUGAUGAUGAGGAUGAUGAUGCCGAUGCGGAUGCUGAUGCGGAUGCGGCCAGCAGUCAUCUCGACAGUCGCACAGCUUUGACACCAGCACAAUUGAGCAGCGCUGCAGCCGCUGAGAGCAGCGGCUUGCAUAUUAGCGCUGUGGCCGCUGCUGCGGCAGCUGCUGCGGCGGCGGCAGCGGCAGCUGCUGCUAAAUUGAGUGCAGCAAAUGUUGCUGCCUCACAGCUCACAGAGCAUCACAGUCAGAAUGCAACAGCGUCGGUGCUGGAUAUGGUCAGCAAUGCUGCUGCUGCUGCCGGUGGCAAUAUUGUCGGACUUGGUGGCAGCAACAGCAUUGCUGCGCCAAGCAGCCUCAUUGGGGGCAACAGCAACACCAGCUUCUCCACGAACAACAACAGCAACAUGGGCAGCACUGUCAACUGUGGCAACAGCGACCAGCAGCUGGUAACGCGACACAGCAGCAAUUCACACUCGCAGCAGCAGCAGCAGCAGUUGCAGCUUCAGCAGCAACAUCAGCAGCAACAGCAGCAGCAGCAACAGUCGAGCAGCGCUGGAAGCGGCAGCGGCAGUGGCAGCGCUGCCAGCGAACGCCGAAAGUAUCGCCACCAGAACUACAGCAAGAACAUCUAUAUCGGCACCAAGAACGCCGAGAAAUGGGAGCACAUGCGCACUCGGCUGCAGUUCAAGAACGAUGUCGAGUUCGUGGCCUAUCUGCUGAAUCUGGCCGAUAACGAUACGGAUCGCCUCAACAACCUGCCACCACCGUCGCCGGCACACACGCCCACCAAGGGAUUCGAUGGCAACUUCAAGCUGGAGCCGAAUCUGAGUGUCAAGGAUUUUGCACCAACGUCGGAGAGCAUCAACGGCAAUGGCAAUGGCAGCUUGGAGUCCAGCGGCAUGACUGGUGCCCUGGCCACGCCCACACCAACCCAACGCAAACGCUACAAAAAGCGGGUGCAGUUCACCACAGAUUCGCUCAAUGGCUAUGCGGGCGCCAAGGGCAGCAAGGGCUCUGCAACAACCGCAGCUGGAGUGGCAACGGGAGUUGGCGCCGGUGUCACAGCCGGUGGUUAUCAUAGCAGCAGUAGUUUCCCAACGACAGCCAAGUCGAAAAAACAGGAUGCCAAAGCGGCUGCGGCGGCAUUCAAAGCAAACGCUGCCGCAGCGGCGGCGGCGGCGGCAGCAGCAGCGGCAGCGGCAUCUGCAUCAACAGCAUUGCCCGAGGUGCUCGACUGUCGCAUUGCGGAGAAGAUCAAGAGUGAACUGGAGGCCAGCAGCAAGGAAUCGUUGCCAAGUGCACUCUGCCUCAAGAAGGCAGCAGCAGCAGCGGCGGCGGCAGCAGCCGCAGCAGCAGCGACGCAGGCGCCCCACAGCGAUGAGGAUGACGAUGACGAGGAGGAACACCAUCGUCAUCAUCCAACGACAACAGCAACUGGCCUGGGUGCGGAUGCAGUGGAUGGCAGCGCCGUUGCGAGCAAUGGUCCCGGUCUGGGUCAUUUCCAUGUGCGCUCCUUGAAGGGCAACAAGAAGUCUCAAUCAGCCAAAGCAGCCGCCGCAGCAGCCGCAGCAGCGGUUGCAGCAGCAGCUGCUGCGGCGGCAGCAGCAAUGAUGCCACCGAACAGCUAUGAUGAGCCCGAGGAUGAUUUGGCUGCUGGGCCGGGCAUUGACGAUGACGAUGAGGACGAUGAGGAGUUAGACGAGGAGGCGCUGGCUCGUGAAAUGAAAAUGGAGCAGAACUUUGUCGAGGAGGAGGAUGAGCAUGAUAUCGCGUUUCGAUCGCAGCAAUCGUGCCGCGAGUGCUCCAUCUCGCAUGACCACAAGCUGUGCCCGCUGCGCAAUGCCUGCGGCAAUGUGACAGAUGCCGUGGAUCUGGCCGAAUGGAUCGAGCGACGUAAUCUGGAGGCGCUGGCCAAGCUGAAGGCAGACGCACAGCGUCAGGCGAAGCAUGGCCGGCCACGGCACGAUGACGAUGAGGAUGAUAUGGAGGACAUGGACAUGGACAUGGAUGAGUCAUCGCAGCUAUCGGAGCUGGAGACAAAGCCGCUGAUUACAUUUGCGGAAGCUUCGGUGCCCGCCGAAUUCGAGCUGCACAACGUGGAGCCCAAUGUGACCGGCGUCUUUGCCCGCACCGAAGUACGGGCCUACACCAAACUGGGUCCCCUCAUCGGGCAGCCGGUGCAGACGGGCGAGGUGCGCGAGGGCAGCGACAUGAAAUGGAUAUUUGAGAUUUGUGAGGCUGGCGCCGAUAAAUCCUAUCUGCUGUGCUGCGAUAAUCCCAAUGCCUCCAAUUGGCUGCGCUUCAUCCGGCCCGCCCCGAGCUACGAGGAUCGCAAUGUCAAUCUCGUCUCCAUCGAUCGACAGGCAUAUUUUGUUAGCUGUCGCGAUCUGCGCAACGGUAUGGAGCUGCUCUAUUGGAGCGACGAUUGCAACACCAUGUGGCGCAAGAAGCACACCGAGAAGAUAAAUUGCGGCGGCUGCAAUCUCAAGUUCGAGCAUCCGCUUUACUAUCGGACGCACUGCUCCGUUUUUCAUGAUCCAUCGAUGAGUCUCACCAUACGAAAGUAUCACUGCAAGGUGUGCGGCGAAGCGGUGCUGGGCAAGGACAAUAUCAUGAAGCAUGCGGCCGAGAAGCAUGACGGCAAGGGCGCCUACCAGUGCCAAUACUGCAACAAGUUCUUCCUGCGACUCAACUAUCUGGAGAUGCAUCGCACCUAUGGCUGUGCAUCGAAUCCGAAUCGAUCGCGGCCCGUUUGCGAUUUCUGUGGUCGCAAGUUCUGUCAGCCGCAGAAGCUGAAGGCGCACAUUAAGCACGUGCACAGCGAUAUGGCUGAAGUUUUACGAGAUUUUCAGUGUAAAUUAUGUUCAAAACUUCUAGGAUCGCGUGCGGCAUUGCAGCGCCACUCGAAGGAGGUGCACAGCCGCAACUCAACAGUGGUGAGUUGUCCGCGAUGCCAGAAACUCUUCCAGAAUCGCAGCAACCUGAAGAUUCACAUGCUCACGCAUUCAGGAGUCAGGCCCUUUAAGUGUGCGGAACCAGAGUGCAAUGCUGCCUUCACCACAAAGCAGUGCCUGCAAUUCCAUUAUAAGAAGGUGCACAACUAUACCCAGGAGCAGAUGCCAAAGAUUGAGCGCAGCGUUGCCUACACAUUCGAUGCCUAUUCGGGUGGCAUGAAGGUCGACUUUUUGGAGCAAGCACCGCGACGUCGGCGCAAGAGUCUCGAGGAUCAGAACCAGAACUCCAUGCUCAGCAGCUCGAUGCAGAGCGACACCGAGUACAGUGACGACAACAUCUUCGAGGCCAUCAAGAAGAGCGGCAAAUCCAUUAAAGAUCUGUGUCGCAACGAACCAAAUCUAUCACUGCUCAGCUCCAAGAUCUCCAGCAUCUUUGGUGAGAAGGGUCCGCCCGUACCAGUUCCGGUCAAUGCCGUUGGCUCCUCCAUCUCUGGGCGUAAGCGCAAACGUAAGAAGGAGUCAACAACAUCGCAUGCCAGUCAACAUCAACAGCAGCAGCAGCAGCAACAACUGCAGCAACAGCAGCAGCAGCAGCAACACGCCCAGCAAUGCCACCAACAGCAACAGCAGCAACAGCAACAACAGCAACAGCAGCAACAACAGCAGCAGCAGCAACAACAACAGCUCCAUGGCGGACAUUUGGAUCAAUCGCCUUCUCAUCUGUCCCAUGCACAUCAGCAGCAUCAACAGCAGCAGCAGCAGCAGCAACAGCAGCAACAGCCUCAAUAUCAUGCUCACAGCCAUACCCAUGCGCAUGCACACGCCCAUCAACAACAGCAGCAGCAGCAACAGCAACAACAACAACAACAGCAUCAGCAGCAGCUGCAUGAUGCAGACGAGGAGGAGGAGAGUGUACGACUGGAGCAGGUGCGCCGCAAGCAGAAUGCGCAGCUUAGCCUCGUCGAAUCUUUCUUGACCACAACGGCACAACGUCUGAGCGCCCAGCAACAAGUGCAACAAGUGGUUGCCGCUGCAGCCGCCGUCUCCGCAAUGGCCGGUGGGGAAGAUCCCGCCAAGCUUGGCCAUAUGAUGGGUCACAUGGGUGGCGUAGGUGUUGGCCUGGACGAUGACGAUGAUGACGAUGAGGAUGACGAUGAGGCCACAGCGCACCAUCAUCACCAACAACAGCAUCAGCAGCACCAUUCACAUCAAACGCAUCCGCACCACGCCCACACGCAUCCACAUCAGCAUGGCCAACAAGCGGGUCCACAGACGCACAGCGAUGCCAGUUAUCGCCAUUCGAGCGGCAUGAAUGCAGCCCUCGGUCAAAAUCUGGUCGUCAGCAAAGGUAGCAAAAAGUGGAUCGGGGCCGAUGAUCGUCAUUUGAGUGACGGUGGCGAUGUGGGCAAUGAUGCCGCUGUCGGUGGUCCAGGAGGUGGUGGUGGCGGCUCGGGUUGUGGCCAGCUAUCGAGUGGUGGCAGUGCUGGCCAGGAUCUGGGCUUCGCCGUGCCCCCGAGCGCUGUGGAUGAGCACAGUAAGCUACUUGGCCAGAAUCGGGAUUUCCUUGCGCGUCUCAUGAGCAGCGCCACUGCCAGUCAUGCCAGCCAUCAACACCAACAUCAGCACAGUGCCCACAGUCGCGAAGAGGAUGAGAACAGCUCCUUCCUGGAUGUCGUCGAGUCGAAUAAUAAUGCAGCAGCUGCUGCUGCUGCAGCUGCCGCGGCCAUGUCACAAUAUCAUCACAGUGCUUCAACGAACGGUGGAGCAGCUGGUGGUGCGGCCUCCACUGGUGCGAGUGGUGGUGCUGGCGGUCACACGCCCACCAGCUCAGUGCCCGCCGCCGUCGAACCGCCGCAAAUGCAAAUGAACUCAUUAAGCCACUCGCAAUCGUUCAUGAGCUCGUUCUACAACAAUGCCAAUGCAAGACUGAGCGGCGCCGGCGCUGGCGUUGGCGCCAACUCCUCCUCGGCCAGCAUGCUGGUGGAGGCUGCCCUCAACUCCGUUGGCAAUAUGAUUGACAGCGAGAGCAAUGAUCUAAAGGUACCCACCGACAACCACAUAAAUAGCGAUAGUCCGAUGAGUGCGCAUGUGGAUGCGGAGGCGCAACGCUUUGGCAGCGGCGGUGGGGGCAGUGGGGCGAAUGGCGCCGGCAUUGGGGGCAUGGACAACCUGGAGAACGAGCUGAAGAUGAUGAAGAAUUUGGGCAGCUUUCCCAUGCAGAUACCGCCGUUGCCUAUGUUCCAGGGCGCUUGUCACAUAUCGCCCAGUGCGUCGACGCCCACCAAUCCGCAGAGCAACCAGAACCAGAACGAUGUCGAUGUGGACGCCGGCAGCACACCGCGUCCCCAGCAUCCGGACUCCGAUGGCUUCUCCUCGUCGCAUCAUCGUACGCCGCCGUCGCCGCCGCCCAUAUCACCGGGUCGUGACUAUGGCGGCAUGUUUGGCGCCGGCAACGGCACUGGCGGCCCCGGCUCGAACAGCACACCGGCUGGCAGCUCGAGCGGGGGCGGCGGUGCCCAGUCGGGCGGUAACAAUCUAUCUGCAUCGUCACCACUGCCGGCACUGCAGCCGCAGCGACGGAACGCGUCCAGCGUGAGCAGCACAUAUCCCGAGCAUGAGCUCAUCUCGCCCGCUUCCUCGCCGAGUAUACCGCGCUACAAUUUCAACGGCGACAUGAUGCGUCACAAGCGGGCCGUCCAGGACCAGGAGCAACAGGAGCGACGCCACAAUAUCUCGCGGCACAAUCAAAUGUCCAGCGACGAGGAGAACAGCAUCAUGCCACAAAACAGCGCUGGUCAGGAUAUGCGCAUGAAGUUCCCACAAUCGCAGAUCGAUCUCAUGUAUUCCAAGUACGAGAGCAUGGCCAGCAAUCUGAAGUACAACAGUCAAGACCUGGACUCGCCGGCCGAGUAUCGUCAGAGUAGCAACAGCAAUGCGGCAAGUGCGGCAGCUGCUGCUGCAGCGGCGGCCAGUGCUGCCAACGAUAUGUCCGAUCUGCAGGGAUUGGACAUGAGCUCACGCUCGAAUGCGUCCAGCAACUAUCAUCAUAACUUCCAGCUGCCGAGUAGCCGUUACCAUCAUCACAUCUAUGACAUACUCUCGGAUCGGGAGCAGAGCCAGCAGGCACAGGCGCAACAGCAGACGCCCGCUUCGGUGGUGCACCAGCAGGAGCAUGGCAGCCAUGGCGGGCACAGCAGUCAGCUGCAGGCCAUGCAGCAACAUCAGUCGGCUGCCAUGCACAACAUGCUGACGGAGCAGUUGGGCGAGCAGGAGCACGACCAGACCACAUCGGUGGACCUGAGCCGCACCGCCAACUAUGUGGUGUCAUCGCCGCCACAGCUGCCAUACAAUCAUCCACAUCACGAUAUGCUGCGGAUGGCAUCGCUCGAUCUAACACCAAACACGGCCAAUAUGGCGGUGGGCAACAAUCGAUCGUUUUUGUCGUCGCAGAUGCAACACCAGAGCCGCGAGAGCCUCGAGCAUCAUCGACUGCUGUCGACGGUGGAACAGCAUCGCAUACUGGCAGCCUCGAAUGCGGCAGCGGAUCAGCAUCGUUUGCUCGUCGAUCCCACCGCCCAUUUGCUGAUGGAGCAAAAUAAUCGACUGCUGGGCACCGCGGAUCAGUCUCGUCUCCUGGGUGAAUCGGCGGCUGCAGCUGCCCAGAAUCGUCACAUGGCCAGAAGCUUUGGUGCCUACCAUCAGGUGGCAUCGAGCAAUUAUCAUCCGGGCGUGCGACCGCCGCCGGUGCUGCCAUCGGCCAAUCAUCAUGCUUCCAAUCCUUCGAAUUAUCAUCCAUUUCCCGCCUACUAUUAGGUGGCGCUAUCUGGCGGCCAGCACUGUUGACUCUCAUAGAUACCAAUCUCUGUCCCCAGUUAUCUA